CAGAAACAGCUUUUACAAGAAGCGGAAGUAUUGAAAGAACAAGUGAGUGAACUUAAUAAACAGAAAAUAAUAUUUGAAAACUCCAAAGUCCAGGCAGAACGAGUUCUGAGUGAUAAAGAAAAUCACAUCAAGUCUCUGGCUGAACGCUUGCUCAAGAUGACAGACUGGGCUGCUGUGCUUGGAGAAGACAUGAUGGCUGAUGACUUGGAAUUGCAGAUGAAGAGUGAAUCACAAAAGGGUGCUCGCUUAGAUGAUCUGCCAAAAGGAGCUUUGAAGAAACUGAUUCACACUGCUAAGUUAAAUGCUUCUUUCAAAACCCUAGAAGGAGAAAGAAACCAAAUUUACACUGAGUUGUCUGAAGUAGAUAAAACAAAGGAAGAGCUUAUAGAGCAUAUUACAAAUCUCCAGACUGAACAAGCAUCUUUACAGUCAGAAAACACACAGUUGGAAAGUGAAAAUCAGAAGCUUCGGCAGAAACUUAAAGGAAUGACUGAACUGUAUCAAGAAAAUGGAAUGAAACUCCACAGGAAGUUAAUAGCAGAGGAAAAGGACCGGUUAGAGAAGGAGGAGAAACUUUCCAAAGUAGAAGAGAAGAUGAGCCAUGCAGCUGAGGAACUGGAGACCUACAGAAGGAGAGCCAGAGAUGCAGAAGAAGAAUUGGAGAGAAGCGUUCGUUCUUAUCAAGGGCAGAUGACUUCCUAUGAGAAAGAAGCGCAUGGCAGCUGGGUGGCAGCUGAGACUGCUGAAAGACACCUCAGGUAUUUAAGGAAAGUAAAUGUUUCCAAGAGACAAAAAUUAGCUGAAAAAGAGUUUAAAUUUGAACUUUUCAAAAAAGAUCCAUAUGUAGUUGAUGUUCCAAAGACAGCAUUUGGCGGAGAGCAUUCCCCAUGUGGUGCCUCACCAGUGGGUCGACCUUCAUCCGAAACGAGAGCUUUUCUCUCUCCACUCAGACUCGCACCUUUGACUCCAGGGCGAGGAGGAGGAAGAGGCUCAAGAGGCCCAGAGAAUACUCUGGAUCACCAGAUGACCAAUGAAAGAGGAGAAUCGGGCUGUGAUAGGUUAACCGAUUCUCAUGGAGCACCAUCUGGGUACCUGUCACCUCCGUGGGAACAGCACCGGAGGAUGAGGAUCCCUCCACCAGGCCACCCAUGUUCUGAUCCAGCUCUUCUUCCACGAAGGCAAGACGGAUUUGAUUCUAAUCCUGGUGGACCGUCUGGCCCAGCAGAACUCAGAAGUUUUAACCUGGCUUCUUUGGAUAAAGUGGAUGGGCCAAAGCCCUCACAAACGGAAUCCAGCAGAAAUGAUACCAAAGACGACCUUGGUAAUGAAAAUGUGCCUCAUUCAUCUGUGCCUGCUGAAAGGGAAGCGUGUGGCCCUGGCUUUGCUCCUCCACCUUUUCCUGCAAUCAGAGGUCCAUUGUUUCCAGUGGAUAGGAGGGGUCCAUUCAUGAGAAGAGAACCUCCUUUUCCUCCACCUCCUCCAGGAAGCAUGUAUGCAGCUCCUCAAAAUUAUUAUCUCCCAAGGGAUUUUGCAAUGAGAAAUGUCUAUUCACUGAGGGGAUUUCCUCCUUAUGUUCCUCUAGGAGCUGGAUUGUCACCUCCACCCCCACAUUCUGAA